AUGAUGUUUGCCUCCGGUCUUCACCUGGUCCUACUUCUGCUGUUAACCAUCACUUGCCUAACCGCACAAGCUGCAAAUCCUGAUUGCACCCAUGUUGCAGACUUUGAUAACUGUGCAGGUGAUACAGUCGAUUUUUGCCCUAAGGGGAUUGCCUGCAGUUGUAAAGAUAAAGUUCCUUAUUGCAACUGUCCCUCCUACCGAAACAAAUGGGAAGAUUAUUGGUACAUGGGGCCCCAAUGUAAUUAUCUGUGGAGCACCCUGGACUUGAUAUUGAUGAUCGUGGUUCCUGCAGUAACAUUGUCUACAGUCGUCUUCACCUUAAUGCAGUGGAUUGCCUACUGUAGAAGCCAGCCGAAAAAGAGCAGAAGUCAAGGAAGGCAAUCAAGGCUCCCAGCUCCUGUCAUCUCAAAUAAUCCCCAAGGACAGCUGGGCGCCUUUGUGAUCCAAAAGCAAGAGGAGAUCCCCUUUCCUGACAGAUUCAGCUACUCACUCCAGAGACCUCUUCCAAGGAUAGUCCCACCUGCCCAAGCUGCCCGGAGUAUCCACUGGGUGAAUGACAUCCCAAGUGCAGAUUAUGAUCAAGAAAUCUCAUUUGAAGAUCUGCCUAUGAGGCAGCUUCCGAAACCUAAGACAUCGUUUCCGCUUCCUGAUUAUGGGGAGAAUAGUUCCCAGCCAAUGAACUAUCUCAGUACUAAUCCACCCACUAGAUAUGUUCGUCCACAGUAUACAUAUAACUAAAAGGAAUUUCAGAAAACUAAG